ACGACCAACGCGAACGUAGGAAUAUUUGCACAACAGUGGGAAUACAACAAAAAAGGGAACGGAUGUGACAGCUAGGAAAUUGAACUGCCUGCUCAAUAGUAGAAUAUUUCAAAUUCAAUAGCCAGAGAAACAUAUAUCAGUCGUUACGAUGAGCCUGAACAACAAUAAGGCGAAUACCACAACAAGUGACGCGGCGACGGCAACGAUACUUUCUGCUGAUGCGGAUGCAGAUGCUGAGAAUGCCAGCGCUGAGGCUGGUGAUACUGGUGAUAGCGGCAACGCCGCCGCAGAUGAGGCUAAGGAGCGCACAGAGCUGCAACAAUUUAUUAAAGAUCUGCAGGAUAAGAUCGAUAGCAAGCAACAGCUGCGCAAGAAAAACUCGGAUUUUGAGUACCCAGGCGAGAAGUAUUUUGCGCGCUUGGACUCAAGUCUUAAGAAAAACACCGCUUUUGUAAAAAAGCUUAAAAUGUUUACGGCCACGCAACUGGAUUCGAUGCUACGCGAGCUUUCCGCCCUCAAUCUGAGCAAAUAUAUAUCGGAAAUAUGCGCUGCUCUUUCCGAGGCUAAGCUGAAAAUGACAGACGUGCCGGCGGUGGUGUCGCUUGCAUCGAAGUUGCAUUGCACCUAUGCUGAUUUUGAUUCACAGUUUUUGGAGGCAUGGCAGAAGACUUUAAACAUCAAGGCGUCUGAGAAGAUCACUAAUCCCAGCAAGCUGCGCGUUGACCUGCGCCUAUUCGCGGAGCUAGUCAGUUCAGGUGUGCUUCCGAUGAAGUCGGGUCUAGCGCAGCUAGGCAUGGUGCUAGUGCAACUAAUAGCGCAGGAUAAGGAUGAUCAUAGCAACUUUUCCAUUAUUCUUUCCUUCUGUCGACACUGCGGUGAAGAAUAUGCUGGUCUAGUGCCGCAAAAGAUGCAGAACCUGGCGACCAAGUAUGGCGUAGAGGUGCCAAAGUCAGAUUUCCUUACCGCUGAAAAGCAACUCAAUUUACGGACUAUGCUCAAGGGCUAUUUCAAAGCCCUGUGCAAACACGUGCUGUCCGAACAGGGCGAAUUAAUGAGCAUGACAAAAAAUUUACGUCGAACCAUGGAGUGCAAAGGCGAGAUAUCUCAGGAGAAACGCGAGAAGAGCGAACUGAUGCAGGCUAACUUCGACAAGCUGCUCGCCUCGGCGCAAUCUCUGUCGGAACUCUUGGGGGAGCCGAUGCCUGAGCUAGCCAAGGAGGUUGAGUGCUGCAAUCCCGGCACAGUCAUCGAGAAUAUGCUGGACAGCGCCACCUUUGGCCCGGUAGAUCCCUGGGGCGACGAAGAUACACGCAGCUUUUACACGGAUUUGCCGGAUUUGCGUCAGUUUCUGCCCAACUUUUCGGCGCCAAAGGUGGAUCUAGAAACAUUGGAGGAGACCACCGAGCUGACCGAAGAGGCAAUCGAGGCAAAUAUCGAUGCCGAGCUAGACCUAGAUGAUCCUCCUUCAACAGCUUCUGACACGCCGCAGGAUAAGGAGGCUGAAGAGCAAGGAACGGGUGCAAGAGCAGCUUCAACCACCCCAGAGCCGAUCCUAAAACCACAUAACGAUAAGAAAAUGGCUAAUGCGCUAAUGGAGAUCGGUCGCCAGCAGAAUAGCAAUCCGCAGCAUCCACAACAAUCACAGGGCAGCAACGCCGCCCAAAUGCGCCAGCAGUUCGACAGCUUCCUGGUCAAUCUAUUCAAUUGCGUCAACAAAGAACUGAUUGACUCGGCAGCAAUUGAGUUUCUGCUCAACUUUAAUACAAAACACCAUCGCAAAAAGCUGACGCGCACCAUUUUCGGUGUGCAGCGCACCCGCCUAGACAUUUUGCCCUAUCUGUCCCGUUUCGUAGCCAUUGUCCACAUGUGCAACAUGGACGUGGCCGCUGAUCUUUCCGAGCUACUGCGCAAGGAGUUUAAGUGGCAUAUACGUAAGAAAAAUCAGCUUAAUAUCGAAUCUAAACUAAAGAUCGUACGUUUUAUUGGCGAAAUGGUCAAAUUCGGCCUAUUCAAAAAGUUCGACGCACUUGGUUGUCUCAAGAUGCUGUUGCGCGACUUCCAGCACCAUCAAAUCGAGAUGGCCUGUGCCUUUGUGGAAGUCGCCGGAGUCUAUCUGUACAACUGUCGAGACUCGCGACUCCUGAUGAACGUGUUUUUAGACCAGAUGCUGCGGCUAAAGACUGCAACGGCCAUGGAUUCGCGACAUGCGGCGCAAAUUGAAAGUGUCUACUACCUGGUGAAGCCACCCGAGUCCUCAAAACGUGAGGCCGCUCCUCGCCCACCCAUGUACGAGUAUAUACGACAUCUUAUUUUUGAGGAGCUCUGCAAACAAAAUGUGGAGCGCUGCAUUAAAAUGCUGCGUCGCAUCAACUGGACUGACCCGGAAACCUGCAACUAUGCCAUCAAGUGCCUAAGCAAGGCGUAUCUGUUGCGGUUCCCCCUAAUACGCUGCCUUGCAGAUCUAGUAUCCGGACUAAGCUCCUAUCAGCCGCGCGCCAUCACCAUUGUGAUCGACAACGUCUUCGAGGAUAUUCGAGCCGGCCUGGAAAUUCACUCUCCCAAGAUGUCACAACGUCGCAUCGCCAUGGCCAAGUAUCUGGGCGAGAUGUAUAAUUACAAGCUGGUCGAGUCAACCCACAUCCUAAAUACGCUCUACUCAAUAAUAUCAUUAGGCGUCUCAUUGGAUGUUAAUGUGGUGUCACCCUUGGAUCCGCCCGAUAGUCUAUUUCGCCUUAAACUGGCCUGCAUGCUCUUGGAUACUUGUGGGCCCUACUUCACCAGCCAGGCCACCCGUAAAAAGCUGGAUUACUUUCUGGUAUUUUUCCAGCACUACUACUGGUUCAAAAAGUCGCAUCCCGUGUUCGCCCAUCCAGAAGAUACAUCUGAUCUGUUUCCCAUACUUGUGGAUCACACAUAUCGCGACUGUUUGGCCGCAGUGCGUCCGAAACUGAAGCUAUACAAGAGUUUGGAGCAGGCCAAAGAAGCCAUUGAGCAGCUUAAAGAACAGCUCUACCCGCAGCUGAAGUCCACUGAUGGCACCCAAUCUGGAUUGACCAUAGGCGAGCAUAGUGAAUUGGAGGAAGGGGUAACGGAUGAGGAAUCUGGCUCAGCAACUGAGCAUCGGCAGCGACAUGCAGCUGCUGCCGAGGCUGAGCCUGAAGCUGAGACGGAGCAUAACAAUGACUGGACUGAAAAUGAAGUGGAGCAAGCAGUGCCACAAGCGCCGCCCGAAAAGUCUAAGGAGGAUAUCGAAUUUGAGCAAAUGUAUGAAAAAAUGACUGCCGACUCGUAUCAAGAGCGUCUCAAGGAGCCGCUUAAGGCCACUGCUAAGGAUAUACCAGUGCCCAUGACCGUGCGUCUGCAAAAGAAAUCCUAUGACCAUAUAAGCGCUUGUAGCAGCAGCAGUAGCGCCACAUCACUGAUCUCAAAAUCUGCGGGCUCCACACUGAGCGUGCGGAGCUCCACAGACUCAAUACUGUACCCCAGCGCAUCUUCAGUUUCCUUAGGUAACAAUCUUGCUAAAAGCGAGAGCGCUACCGAGACUAAGGGCGGUGCUGUGCCAUUUGUGCUAAUGGUACGCGGGCACAAGGGGGGCAAACAGCAGUUCAAAUCUUUUGUUGCACCCCCCGAUUCGCAUCUGGCUAUCAAUCUCAAGCUUCAGGAGCAAAAGACACGUGAGGAGAAAGAGAGGGUCAAGCGACUGACACUCGAUAUAACAGAGCGAAUUGAGGAAGAGGAUUAUCAAGAAUCUUUGCUUCCACCCCAGCAACGCAACUUUACGCAAAGCUACUACCAGAAACCCCACAAGCACAAAUUUAAGCAUCAGAAAGGUGCGCCCGAUGCUGAUCUGAUAUUUCACUGAAUCACCGACUUACCACCUUCAUUAGCCCACGCUGCCAGGCUCAACGACAAUGAAGAUGCGGCCACGAUGACGAGAAGACGACAACGAAAGUAGUAGUAGUAGACGCAUAGACCACCCACGGGCAUUUAAAUCAGGCGUUGGUAUUGACUGUGCGUCUCGACCCUUGUGAGAAAUGGCAAGUUGUUGGCCCACCGCCAACGACGCUGGCACGCCAUCCUGAUCCUGCCAUCUUGUUUAAUGUUGAUUCGAUUCUAUAAUUUUCGUAUUCUUGUUUUAAUAUAGCUCUUGCAUUUGGCUAUGAAUAUGUCAAGUAAUAAAGUGACGCUCAAAGAGCAUCAUUUUUAAGCAUAGCAUCAAGGUAUUUAAGGUUUCCAAAUGCUUAAAUGCUAAGUCCCUCACUAGCAGCACUGCUUGGUUGGUCAGCCAGUCAUAGAGUCAGUCGUAGUCAGUCACCCGAUUGCUGUGGGCUCGCGCAUAUUAUUGUUAUAUACUUUUGUACUUUAAUAAUGUCGUCGUCUCAAUUCAAGCUAAGCUUAUUUUGUUAAGCAUAUGUAUUUAGAAUGUACAUACAUAGAUAUAGGAAUUAAAGUUGCCUCUUUAUUUUAAAGUACUAUUUCAUCUGUUUUUUUUUUUUUUGUUUUUUGUAGGUUUUCAUAGUUUUCUUUUCAAUAGUCUCUAGCUCUAUUAGUUGUCUUUCAAUAAUAAAAAGCUUUUAAAAUACAAGUAGUUGGAGUUUGCUAAAAAAAAAAAUGUAACUACUAUAACAAACGACUUCCAUACCACAUCGAAAUUUAAAAGGUAGACACCCUAACGAUUAUUCGUAGGAGUCUCGGUUAGUAAGGUAGGGACGAUUUUAAAGCAGAGCUUGUACUUUUGAAACAAGAGCUCCGUUUACUAAGUAAAAUUAGAGUUUUGUACCAUAAGAAAAGUUGAAAAUCACUAGAUUCUUGAAUAAAGAUUGACUACAAAAAAUAAAAA